AAAAUUAAAAUAAAUUCUACCCAAAAUAUUAUAUCUCAAACACACCCAAAAUUGCAAAGAUAAUGUAACACCUUUAAUCAUGCAUGUGAAUGCAUGAGUUCCAUCUCUCACCAUCCCACUUAAUCCUCUUCCUAUAUAACCCCACUAGUUUCUUUCAUUCCUUACCUACAUCACCAAAUUCACUCUUUUUUUUUGUAUUCGUUCUUUUCCUUUUCCAUUCUUAGCUGAUCUCAAUCUAGCUAGGAGAAUUCAUUAUCCAUUCAAUUUGUCCCUUUUUUCUUUCUCUUUAAACAAAAACCCUUUUAUUAUUUCUUUAUUUCUCAAUUCUUUUCUUAAUCAACUACAAUGGGUUCUCUAGACAUCAACCAAAAAUCAACCCCUUUAAUGACCCAAAACCCAUUAGACCCAGAAGAAUUCAGAAAACAAGGCUACAUGGUUAUAGAUUUUCUAGCUGAAUACUACAAAAGCCUUGAAAAAUACCCCGUUCGAAGCCAAGUCGAACCGGGUUAUUUACGUAAAAGGUUACCCGAAUCCGCCCCAUACAACCCAGAAUCCAUGGAAACCAUUCUCAAAGAUGUCCAAAACGACAUCGUACCAGGUAUAACCCACUGGCAAAGCCCUAACUAUUAUGCUUACUUCCCAAGUAGUGGGAGUACUGCCGGUUUACUUGGAGAAACAUUAGCCGCAGGUUUUAACGUUGUCGGGUUUAACUGGAUAUCAUCUCCAGCAUCCACGGAACUCGAAAGUAUCGUAAUGGAUUGGUUAGCUAACAUGCUUAGCUUACCAAAAUCCUUCACUUUUUCCGGCGGCGGUGGCGGGGUCAUGAUGGGGACCACUUGUGAAGCCAUCUUAACCACCAUAACCGCCGCACGUGACACCUUGCUACACAAAAUCGGACGUAAAAACAUCACAAAACUCGUCGUUUAUGGAUCCGAUCAAACCCAUUGUUCAUUUUUCAAAUCCGCUAAAAUCGCCGGAAUUUCGCCGACAAAUUUCAGAACAAUCAAAACAUCAAAAUCCCAUUCUUUUUCACUCAGACCAGAAUCACUGAAAUCCGCGAUUGAAGCCGAUAUCAAAAACGGUUUAAUCCCUUUCUUCCUUGUAGCAACAGUGGGAACCACUUCAACAGUAGCAGUUGACCCACUGGGCCCACUAUCCGACGUGGCAAAGCAAUAUAACAUGUGGGUCCACAUUGACGCCGCCUACGCCGGAAACGCUUGUAUCUGCCCGGAGCUCCGUCAUAUGAUCGACGGCGUAGAAAAAUCCGAUUCAUUCAGUUUUAAUGCUCAUAAAUGGUUCUUAACAACAUUAGAUUGUUGUUGUUUAUUUGUAAAAGAUCCAAAUUCUCUUGUUCGUAGCUUAUCAACAAAUCCUGAGUAUCUAAAAAACAAAGCUACGGAAAGUCAACAAGUGGUUGACUAUAAAGAUUGGCAGUUAACUCUCAGCCGUCGAUUUAGAUCACUUAAGAUGUGGAUGAUUAUUAGAAGUUAUGGUGUGGAAUAUCUUAGAAGCUUCUUAAGAAGCCACGUGGACAUGGCUAAAUAUUUUGAGAAAAUGGUUGGGAAUGAUAAGAGGUUUGAGAUUGUGGUUCCUAGAACUUUUGCGGUUGUUUGUUUUAGGUUAUCUGCUGUAGGAAUUAUCGAAGAAUGUGGGUAUAAAUUUGUAGGAGAGGAAAUGGUGAAUGAGAUUAACUGUGAGCUUCUUGAGAGUAUAAAUUCUGAAGGGAAGAUUUAUAUGACUCAUUCAUUGGUUGAUGGAAUUUAUUUGAUCAGAUUUGCUGUGGGGGCCACUCUUACUGAAAGUCAUCACGUGAGUUUUGCAUGGAAGUUGGUUCAAGAGCAUGCAAAUACUGUUUUGUCACGAAGAUCACUUAAAAGUGCAAAAUGAGAGGAACAAAAAGAGUAUUAUUUGAUAGUUCAUACAUAUUUCAAGUGAAGUACAAGAAAGGUAAAUAAGAACCACUUGAUGAGCAUGAAUAUAGUCUACAAAAGUAUAAAGAUACCUACCUUUAGCUUUACAUUUGUUUUUUGUUUUGGCUUUUUGUGGGAAAUUUGCAAAUUUGGUAAGGUGGACCUCAUUGUUGGUAGGAAGGUCUAGUCCCGCUUACUAUUAAGAUUCAUCUUCCACGAUCCUCCGUAACUAAACAACUAGCUCUUUUUGGAAAGUUUUUUUGUUUGUGGUUUAGAGGUCAGCAUUGUAUACCAACUGAAAUGCUUGUAAUGCGUACCAAAAAAUGUAGUGUCUUACAUCAGUUUGUAUUUUGUUAAUUAUAUAUUUUUUUAAUACCUUUUUUUUCAA